AUGAAGUUGCUGCUUUUUCCAGUUUUAAUGGCUCUUUUUGCCGUCGCCCAAGUAUUUUGCGAGAGCGACCCAAAAGAAGAGGCUGACUACUGGACGAACAGCCAUCAAAUACAGGACGGCUGGCUUUCCAACGACCCAUUCAGAGAAAUCCUCCUGAGGAUGACAAGAAAGCCGCGGCCACAUCAGUUCAUCGGUCUGAUGGGGAAACGCUCUAUGGCAAAUGCACAGAUCACCCGCAAGAGGCAUAAAGUCAACUCUUUUGUUGGACUGAUGGGGAAAAGGAGCCAAGAGGAGCCAGAUUCCUACGAGUGGAGCACAAUACAGACGUACGACAAGCGCCGCUAA